UUAUUUGUUAAAGAGAAAAAAAAAUAUAUCUGAAGUUAAUUUGUUUAAAUAAAAUUUAUUAUUCUGCAAACAUUAAUAUUCACUUCAUAUUUUACCACUCCUUGUUCUUCUUUAGUAAUACCAUAGUAAUAUUAAUCCUCAGCAUAUUUUAUGCAUGUCUGAAACACGCUCAUGUUGUUUUCAUUCAGCAUAGUUUUUUUGACAGCUUAUUGUAAAUUGCUGAAUUCUAAUUAAUUUGCGAUAAAUUGAAACGAUUACUGUGUGCUAUAUAUUAAUUAAAUACAUAUUUAUUAUAUUUAAUUAUAAAUAAAUAUUUAUACGAGAUGGAAGAAGCGCUAGACUUACAGAAUGUAUGUAGAGCGUGUUUAGCGAAUGGAGAACCCUUGAAAGACUUGUUUUCCGUGUGUUCUACAGAAAUAUUUAAAUACUGUACGUCUGUUGAGAUUUCCGAAAGCGAUCCCUUGCCGAAACUAAUAUGCCAAUCAUGUCUAGAUUUAUUGAACCAGCUGUAUUACUUCAAACAAGUGGUCUCUAGGUCAAAUUCUAUACUCAGGCAACAGCUAAAGGUGAAAGAUGAAGGUCAGCCUGUGGAAAAUAUAACUAUAGAUUUAGAGGAGGAGCAGGGUAUUCAAGAAGACUCCUCAUCCAGCCCCGAAUCCAGUGAAACUUAUGAGGAAGCACCUAAAAAAAGAAAAAGACGUGUGUACAGAAAAACGGAAUCGAGCAACAAAAGAGAUCGCAUGAAAUGUGUCAAAUGUGACAAGAGAUUCCAGAAGUAUGAGACGCUGGAAGCUCACAUGCGGAGCCAUUUUGGAAAGAAGCCAGACAUCAAAUGCAGCAAGUGUGACAAGACCUUCCUCACCUUCCGAAGCCUGACCAGCCACUCCCGGACCCACUCCGGAGUCAGGAAGUACCAGUGUCUCACCUGCGGCAAAGACUUUGCUUAUCUCAACGUGUUGAAGAAUCACGAGUUGAUACAUGCCGGCAUUAAGAGGCAUGCAUGCCAUUUGUGCGAUGCUAAGUUUGUGCAGGCACAUAAUUUGAAGAUGCAUAUAGAAACUCACAAGAAUGAGAGAAACUACGGCUGCUACCAGUGCGGCAAGAAAUUCGCGCAGCCCGGCAACCUCAAGAUACACCUCAUACGACACACCGGCAUCAAGAACCACGCCUGCACGCAUUGUGACAUGAAGUUCUACAUCAAGGCAGAUCUAGUGAAGCAUAUGCGAUCUCACUCCACUGAAAAACCUUUCUCGUGUCAGCUGUGCGAGAAAACUUUCAAGAGCAGAAGCUUUAUGGCGAUACAUAUGAGAACUCAUACAGGCGAGCGACCGUACGCCUGCGACCUCUGUCCCAAAAAAUUCAUGGCUCGCAAGGACCUGCGCAACCACCGCAUGAUCCACACAGGCGAGAAGCCUCACAAGUGCCAGCUCUGCGCACAGGCCUUCAUACAGAAAUGCGCGCUCAACAGACACAUGAAGGGACAUAUGAGGGAUGACCGACCGACUAUACCGGAUCACGCCCCGCUAGCUGUUACUUAUGAGUGGAGGAAUGAUACGUGAUUGUGGAGCUAAAACAGCUAACAUGUUUAGCUGUUUCUACAAUAUUAUGUUAAAAAUAAAAUGUGACAAGAAUGAGUUAAGUGUUAGUUGUAAUAGAGUAUAUUGAAUAGUAUGGUAUAGAGUUAUCAGUCAAGAUUUUCGAAUGCAGCGCCAUCUAUUAUUAAG